GCCCCAUCAACCGGGAGAUGCGUCACCUGAUCAGCUCCCUGCAGAACCACAACCACCAGCUCAAGGGGGACGUGCAGCGCUACAAGAGGAAGCUCAGGGAGGUGCAGGCCGAGAUCAACAAGGCCCAGGAGAGUCAGAAGGAGAUGAAGCUGUUGCUGGACAUGUACAAAUCAGCCCCCAAGGAGCAGCGGGACAAAGUGCAGCUCAUGGCGGCCGAGAGGAAGAGCAAGGCCGAGCUGGAGGAGCUGAGGGCCCGCUGGCGGGAGCUGGAGGAGCGGGAGCGUCGGGAGAGCAAGAAGUUGGCGGAUGAGGAGGCCCUGAGGCGGCUCCGGCACAGCGAGGAGCAGAUCGAGCACCUGCAGCGCCGAUUGGCGGCCACCAAACAGGAGGAGGAGGCUCUGCUGUCGGAGAUGGACGUGACGGGCCAGGCGUUCGAGGACAUGCAGGAGCAGAACCUGCGGCUGCUGCAGCAGCUGCGCGAGAAGGACGACGCCAACUUCAAGCUGAUGUCGGAGCGCAUCAAGGCCAACCAGAUCCACAAGCUGCUCCGCGAGGAGAAGGACGAGCUGGCCGAGCAGGUGCUCGCCCUCAAGGCCCAGGUGGAGGCGCAGCUGCAGGUGGUGCAGAAGCUGGAGGAGAAGGAGCGGGGGCUGCAGAGCGCGCUGGGGGCGGUGGAGAAGGAGCUGGCGCUGCGGACGCAGGCGCUGGAGCUGCACAAGAGGAAGGUGGGUGUGGCCACCCAGUUGCCCCCUACAGCCACCAGGUGUGCCCAGGUGCCCCCAAGUGCCCCCAGGUCUCCCUACGUGCCCCCAGGUGUGCCCAGGUGUGCCCAGGUGUGUGUAGAUGCCCCCAAGUGUGCGAAGAUGCCCCCAGCUGCCCCCAGGUGUUCCCAGGUGCCCCCAGGUGGCCCAAAGGCCAAGGAGCAGCUGAGCCUCAAGAGGGUCCAGGAGGAGCUGUCCCGGCUGCGCCGGAAGUUGGAGAAGCAGCGCAAGGUGGAAGUUUACGCCGACGCCGAUCAGAUCCUGCAGGAGGAGAUCAAGGAGUACCGGGCCCGGCUGACGUGCCCCUGCUGCAACGCCCGCAAGAAGGACGCGGUGCUCACCAAGUGCUUCCACGUCUUCUGCUUCGAGUGCGUCAAGAGCCGCUACGACACCCGCCAGCGCAAGUGCCCCAAGUGCAACGCCGCCUUCGGCGCCCACGACUUCCACCGGGUCUACAUCAGCUGAGGGGAC